AUGUCACAAACGGCACCGUUGCUGCUGCUUCAACAGCAACAACAACAACAACAAUGGCCAACAGCAGCAACAUCAUCAUUAGCAACACCAUCAUCAGCACCAACAGCAACAACAAUAACAGCAGCAGCAACAGUCGCCGCAUCCUCGAAUUCAGUAGCCAGUAGCAAUAAUACGACAGCAACAGCAACAACAACACCAACACCAACAAUACCAUCGGCUGCAACAACAACAACUACAACAACAACAAAUACUCCAAACCACCACAGUAGUAGCAGUCAUCAGCAUCACCACCACAACGUUGUGGUGGGCAAUAAUAUGACGACAGAUGGCGCUCGACUCUCUAGCAAUAAUAGCUCUGGCAUCAAUCAUCAUCAUCAUCACAACAGUGGUGUUGGGGGUGGUGGGGGCGGUGGUGGUGGUGCUUCUGCUGCUAUAUCAUCCUCUGUGAAUAAGAACGUUCUCAGCACCCAUUCGGGUCACGCAUCUGCCAUCAAACAGCGAACAUCAUCAGCAAAGAUUGAUAUUGACUUAACCAGCCAUAAACGCCAGACUUGUUCUUUAAUUUAUUAUUCCUUUUAUGUGCAGCAUUCGUUUAUGAAUAGGGCUUUAACAAAAAGUUUUUUAAAGAUUAAAUUUGAUAAUAUAUACCCACAGCAUAUUAGAUACAGUAUCAAAGACAAUUUUCAUUUCAGCUCGUUUCCUUACUACUUAAAGUAACCUUUAAUUGACAGAUAGCCUUACAAUUAAAACAAUGUCUUAUUUUUCCCGUCCUGUGCUUAUUAUAUAUGUUGAUGUUUACCUCUGUUCAAUGGCUAAAUAAUUGCAAUGCUAAUAGAUAACAGUUU